GAAGUCCCUGUGCCGGAGCCCGCUGACCUGGAGUUGUUGAAGGAGUUGGUUGGCCCUACCGGCGCCUGGCGAAGUUGGAGCUCACAGCUCCAUCAUCACGAUCCCGGGCUAGCGCAUGCGCUUGGAGCCUUCAUCCAGUACCAGAAGCCCAAGAAGGUCAUUGACAUGGGUUGUGGAUCUGGCUUCUAUGUCCGUGCAAUGCGCGCUCGUGGAAUCGACUGUGACGGGUUCGACGGACACCAGGACACGGAGUCUUUGACUGAUGGUCUAUGCUACCAUGCGGAUUUCGCAGAUGUUGAGCUGCCAAAGAAGAUAUGCUUGGAAGGUUAUGACUGGUGCAUUUGCCUGGAAGUCUUCGAGCAUGUGCCGAAGCAUUUGGAGGACCAGCUUGUGGAUUGCCUGCUUGCUGGUGCUGGCAAGGGCUUGGUACUCUCUGUCGCCACGCCUGGCCAAGGAGGUCUUGGUCACGUGAACGAGCAGCCACAUGAAUACGUGAUCAGUCGCUUAGAGGAGCGUGGGCUCAUUCUAGAUGCAAACUCCCACCUGAGGCUGCGGCAAUAUUGCCAGCUGCCCUGGUUCAGGGAGAACUUGCUGGUGUUCAGAAGACCUGCGGAGAAGAGCUCGGCUUCUCCAGCGUGA